AUUUGAUGAUAAACUUCCAAUUUCAUCUCCAACACAUAUUAAUAAUAAUCCAUAUACACCCCAAUUUAAUAUGAAAUCUCCAUCUUGUUUAAACAAUCCCUUAUCUCCUCAACGAGUUAAUCCAUUUUCUCCAAAUUCUAAUAGUUCAUUUAAUCAUUCGACAGCACUUCAAUAUCAAUCACAAGAUCCAUGGUUUUUAUCUGAAAUGUCAACAAUAUUACGUCAAAAUACCAAUAUAUCAUUAAGUGCAACAGCACAACAAAUACUUGCUGCAAAUACAGCAAAUAAUAAUCGUCCAUUACGUUCAGAAAAAAUCGAUAUUGAAGUUAUCAAACAUCUUAUUCGAGAAGCUAGUUGGAAACGACAAUGUGGAAUGAAAAAAGAAGUUUGUGUUUUUUGUCGUAAUAAUGGUGAAAAUGAAUUAAUUUAUUCAAGUCAUUCAUUAAAAGAUUCGAUGGGAAAUGUUACAUGUCCAAUUUUACGUGCUUAUCAAUGUCCAAUUUGUGGAGCAACUGGUGCACAAGCUCAUACAAUUAAAUAUUGUCAAGCAACUGGUGGUGAUGAUAUCAAUCGACAUGUACCUACGCCAUACGAGAAAAUGCUUCGUAUGCAAACAUUUGGCUUUGAUGAUAAUAUAACACCAUCCAUGCCAACAUUUUUUGGUCAAUUAGAUAGUCCUUCAUCCCUUUAUACAAAUGGUUGGUCUAAUAGUUAUUUAUAA